GAUCUCUUCGCAUGGAUGAACAUCUGGGAUCGUUAUGGCCCUUAACAACAACCACAACAUCAAAGCAUGCCGCUUGUCGGCUUGGGAGAAUACCUGUAGCUUAAAGUGUCGUUCUGUACAAACAACACCUUCAUCACUACCUUCAGGAAACCACUGAGUGAUAUUAAAAAGCAGGAGAAACAGACUCAGGAACUGAAUAAAGAACGUUCUGAUGCAUCACAAGUGUUGACUUCCAGUGAGGACUUAUUUUUUCCAAAAAGUGCAUAAAUAGUCACGAGUGACGUCAUGAUGAUAUUCAAGCGCUGUGAACGAGGCCUCGAUGGCUACCUUUGCCUGUGACCUGUGUGUAGGAAAGAUAGAGGUAAUCUUAUUGUAUGGGGAUGUACGGUAUCUGCACUUUGAUAUCAUAUCAAUGUUUCAACCGACUCCCGGCGACAUACAUCACGGACAGACCAACGCAACUUGACAGUAUGUCGCAAUCACACCAGGGACAACUUGGGCAAAUAUUUGCCACUUUGUGACCAAGUAUUCAACCUUUUCACGAGGAUGGCGAUCUGGCGCAGAUAUGAUAUUAUAACAGCCAAGAGAAACGAAACUAAAAUGUAACACGGUUUUUAUCAGUGAUUUCAAAACAACGGUAAGCUGACAAAGCCAAACAUUAUGACACCGUGGUUCUGGAAAGAAGAAAGUCAGAGUGAGUCAAUGAGAUUGUGGUUCUUCAUCGCCAUCUACACUAUAAUAUUACUAGCAGUCUUCCUUACUCUGCCGAAAGAUUAUAUCUCCUAUUAUAUACUUGGUGGAAAACUCGCGGAUAUGUCGCAAACUCCUCAAAGAAUUAAGAACGGUUCCACCAAAGCUGAGAUUGAAAGUAUAACUCAAGUGGACCAGCUCUUGACUUGGGACAGAUACAGCUCCGUAACCGUGGAUGAUACUACAAAUAAACACAACAGUGGAAUAUCCACUGAAGCAACAUCAGCAGCAAUAUCAACAGCACCACCAACAUCUGUAACGACCCUCACGGAGACACACAACAGAGGAACGUCUGGAGCACCGACAACACAAGCAUCAACGUGCAAAGACCCGGACCUUGACCUCAUCCGUAAUAACAAUAGGUUCGUGUGUUGUCAGCCCGUCGGUGGUCUGGGAAACAAUAUGUUCAUAUACGCCUCGUGUUAUGGCCUCGCAGCCUAUUACAACCGGACGUUGGUGUUCCCCAAAUCCAGCAUGCUCACGAAGUACUUCAAGCUCAAUGCCCACAUCAUUCAAGACAACUGUGCUUGUAACUCAGCUAAGUUCUACCUAGAGAAGUAUAACUGCGGCAUGGAUCCAGCCCUUUUGAAUUUAUCCCCUAAAGAAAAUAUUAAAUUUGGGUAUUACUUACAGUCUUGGAAAUAUUUUGUAAACGUAAUGGACGAUAUUCGGCGACAGUAUACCUUGUCCAAUACGACAUUGUCUAAGGCUAGAGAUAUCAUCAGCAAACUAUCGAUUGAGCACCAGCAAAGGACGAAAAGAUUAUUUAAGAAACAACCUGUUUUAGUUGGGAUACAUGUUCGACGAGGAGACAUCAAUUCAGAAGCUCGCCUUAUUAAAUUCGGCUAUGAACUUGCAACACCCGGGUUCUUUUCCCACGCAAUGCAAUACUUCCGGAAAAAGUACGCGCAUGUGCUCUUCCUUGUGUGUUCAUUAGAAAUGGAUUGGACAAAGUGGUAUGUCACCGGUGACGACAUUAUCUACGUGGAAGGCAACGAAUUCAUCACGGAUAUGGCCGUGUUGCUCAGCUGUGACCACACCGUGACGUCUGUUGGGUCGUUCAGUUGGUGGGUCGGUUUUUUGAACGGUGGGGAGACUGUUUACUACCAAUGGCCUGCAAGAGAGGGUUCAGAACUGAGGAAGCAAUUCUCAGCGAACUAUAGUGAUUAUUUUCUACCUGAAUGGAUUGGUUUGAAAUAGGAUACGAUACAUUGUUUAAAUUAGGAAUGUGAGCGAAUUGAGCGUUCAGACCUGAGGAAACAAGUCUAAGAGAAUUGUGCUGACAAUUUUCUGCUAGAAUGGAUCGGUUUCAAAUAAAAUUGGAUACACUGUGAAAA